UACAUGAAAAUCACAGACGUCAGUGAUCCAUUUGAUAUCAGCCUUACAUUUUCUGCCUUCAAUUUUCUUCCUAUCACAAGCUUGGACUAAAGAUAUGGUUCUGGGGUGAAGCCAUGUCUUCAGUCCCCGAAGAGCGCUGAAGCUUCUCUCUGCCUAAGCUGAUGAUACAGAAAACACGAGAAGUCUAUGUCAACAUAAUGUAUGCAGAUAGACACCUGUUCAACACCACUGAUGUCUUACAGCUCAUCCAUUAUUACUGAAUAUUGCACUACUGGGACCAAGGGCCAUCCUUUCUCAAAGAUCCUUCAAAUCUGUGGCCAGAAAUCCCACACACUGUGGCUGCAGAUGAAUGUCAGCUACAUAAAACAGUUUCCUGCCUCCUUUCCUGCUUCACAGCCAGCUCGUCAUAACCUGUAAUUAGCAAGUAUAAGACUUUUGAAGAGCUACUGGAGUCCAGGGCCUGUCAUGGGUUGGCAGGCAAUCUGACAGCUGAUGACUAUAGGACGGCUGAAGUCAGUGUUCUACAGCAAGCUCAGGAAGAGUGUUUUCCCUCUGAAUUGGAGCAGUUAAAGCUGGGUAAAUCACUUCCCAGAAACAGUCGGCUAAAGACACUGGCCCCUGAACUUGACAACAAGACUCAGCUCAUCAGAGUAGGAGGUCAUCUUUACUGCCCUGAAAGACUCUUUACCCGGUUUUGGUGUAAAUAUUGGAUUUUCCGAGGCAGACAAACCCAUUUCUAAAUCAGCAGUGGCCAGGUUUGUGUUUUAUAAAGCUCAGGUGAUAAGACAAAAUGGCAAAGUGCGACUACGUUUCAAAGUGACUCCACAGAGCAAACUGAAGAGAGUUUCUGGUAAAUUUCAGAUUUGGAAGCAAGAAUGUCCCACACAGUCUUACCCAUGAAUUCUUCAACACUCAUCAUCCAGAUUCAACCACCAACACAAACAACACCAGCUGGGACCGAGACAAAUGCUCCUGCACCUGUUUAUGUCCAACAGAUUGCAGGAGUUUCCCCUCUUCAUGGAUUUCAAGCAUUUCUGAAGGGCCAACCAAAAGCCCUUGGGACUGUCCAGAUAAUAAUUGGUCUGUUGACUUUCAUGCUUGGGAUUGUGUCUACACUUCAUGCAGAUUCCAUAUUUGUCUAUAGUGGUAUUCCUUACUGGGGAUCAAUCAUCUACAUUAUUGCAGGUUCACUCUGCAUUGCUGCCGAAAACAAACAUAAUUCACCCGGCAGUUUAUGUUUGGUGAGAGAUUCACUUGUAAUGAACAUUUUCAGUGCUUUAACUGCAGCCAUUGCAAUUGUUAUAAUUUCAUUUGAUUUGGUAUUUGGACCGUUGGACUACAAUAACUGCAAUGAAUAUAAGACCCUAUUCUUUGGAAUCGGGAGUGUUUUGGUGAUAUUUGCAUUGCUUGAGUUUAUCAUCUCCAUCUGUCUAUCAGCAUUUGCCUGUAAAGCCACCUCCUGCUGUUAUCAACAGGUGCCAAAUGUUGCACAAGGUUUACCUCCAGUGCCCAGUGAUUUUAGGUCUUGUCAUUUCCAUGAUCUUAAGAGCCCAGAGAUAUCUGUGAUCAGCAACCCUUCCAUGAAUCACCAACCUGCAGAAAUUCCUCCACAAUACCGUGAAAUAUAAAUGAAUAUGAAUAGCAAAAAUCCUGCAGUUGUCUGUGCUGCUUUUGUGGGACAAAAGGCUUCCUGUCCCUUACUACUAAUGUGUAAAUUAUAACUAUUCAAGACACUAAUAGAUACUAUUUCCUGAUUUUCAUUCUUUAGUUAAGUCACAGUUGCCUAAUCAUCAGUGAAACUAGAUAGAUUGUUUAGAAUAAGUAAUAGACAAAACUGUACUACUAUAAGAAUAAAAUAUACUGAA